CCUUUCGUCUUGUCUACACAGCCAACUUUGCCUUCUGAACUGCAUACAGAGAGAGAACCUACACUUCUGCAGCCAUGACGACUGUCGUUUUAAAGAUGCUGUGCAUUCUGCUCUGUGCAGUGUUCGCCUCUGCUGAUGUCAUGCCCAUGACUGACUUCGACAUGGAAAAGAUAGGAGGAAAGUGGUAUCUCAUUGGUUUUGCUACAAAUGCUAAAUGGUUUGUCAGUCACAAGGCUGACAUGACGAUGGGAACUGCCAUGAUGGUGCCUACCGAGGACGGAGACCUUGAUCUCAGUUACACUAAUCUGAAGAGUGAUGGUUCCUGUUGGAGAAUGACACACCUCGCCAAGAAAACUGAGACUCCAGGACGUUUUGUCUUCUACAGCCAGCGUUGGGGAAAUGAAAACGACAUGCGUGUGGUUGAUGCCAAAUUUGAUGAGUACGCUCUCAUUCACACUAUCAAGACCAAGGGAGGUGUUUCUGAGGUUCUCAACAAACUCUACAUUCGUUCCACAGUACUUUCUGAUGACUUGAAGGAGAAGUUCAGGCAGUUCUGUCUGGACACUGGCAUCCUUGAGGAAAACAUUGCCAUACUGCCAACAAAUGGAGAAUGCUCGGUUGCCUAAGUGUCUCGUCCAAAGUAAGACAACUUCAGCUGGUCUGAUCAUUUCACCUGAAAAACAGAUGUGAAUUAGCUGGCCUUCUGUCUGCUUGGUUUUUGUCGCUUUCAUUUUGUAUGGAAACAUCAGUUUUUCUUUUUGCCUUAAACACAGUUGUUGUGCUCACGAUGACAAACCAAUUUGUAACUACAGAGCAAGAAUGUCUUAAGCAGGGGGACAGAAUGGCAAAGUAUUACCUUACCAUCCAAAUGCAAUAUGCAUUUUAAUAAAUUGAACUCAGUUCUUGAUGUUUCUGUAUUGAUGUGUGAUUUUUUUUCUUCCUGUAAAUGUGUCAAACAUGUUUCAUAACCGAUAUGGCAUACCUGUAAACAAAUUUUUAUGAACAGUGCUUUCAUUUUUUUUUGUCUUUGGUGGUUUUGUUUACUGCUGUUAGAUUAAAUUGGUUUACAAAUGACAAA